AUUAAUAAUUCUGUCCCCAGGUUCUUUCUCUUUCUCUUCCGCUGCGUGUCGGAGCGGGAGAAGAAAGAGAUGACGAAAGAAAUGGUUUGGCCCGCCAUGGAUGCAAGGGAGGAGAAGGUCUCUCUAUGCAAGAAGGUGCAGUCAGCUAGGUUGCGCCGUCUGUAUCUCCGGCAGAAGAAAUCUACUGGAGCUGAAACGGAUGCCCCAGUGAAGAGGAUGCGUGAAGAAGAAGAUAGAUCGAUGUCUAAUUUGUCGUCAGAGUCCAACUCCCCGUCAACUAGGGAAUCAGUUCCGGCCGAUCACGGGUGGAUAUCGCUGAUCGGACGGCGGAGCGAGAUGGAGGACGAGGUGACCAUCGAGCUAGCUUUCGUUGGCGGGGAGUACGAUUUCUUCGCGGUGUAUGAUGGGCACGGUGGCGCAGCGGUGGCUAGGGUUUGUCGGGACAGGAUGCACGUGGUCUUGGCGGAGGAGGUGGGGAAUAUUGAGGAGGGGAAGGAGGAGGAGUGUAAGUGGAGAGAGGCGAUGGCCGUUAGUUUUGCGAAGGUGGAUGGGGAGGUGUCCGCUGCGGCGGCGGAUGGGGAGGCAGCGGCGGCGGAAAGAACUAUGGGUUCGACGGCAGUGGUGGCCGUAGUGGGUAGGAAAAGGAUUUUUGUGGCCAACUGUGGGGAUUCAAGGGCCGUUCUAUGUCGUGCCGGUGUGGCCGUUCCGCUUUCCACGGACCACAAGCCAAACAGACCUGAUGAACUGGAAAGAGUAGCAGCAGCAGGGGGAAGGGUCAUCAAUUGGGGCGGUUAUCGCAUCCUUGGAGUGCUUUCUACUUCCAGAUCUAUAGGUGACUACUACCUGAAACCCUAUGUGACAGCAGAGCCAGAGAUCACCAUGACUGAGCGGGAUGAGAAGGAUGAGUUCCUCAUACUUGCCAGCGACGGCUUAUGGGAUGUCAUCACCAACGAAGUAGCCUGCAGAAUUACCCGAAAAUGCUUAUCGGGACAAGCUGCAAAGCUUUUUCCUCAUAUGGUGAGCGGCCAGUCGGCGGCCCAUGCGGCCAAUCUGUUGGCCGAGCUCGCCAUGUCCCAAGGCAGCAGGGAUAAUAUCAGCGUCAUCGUUGUCCAGUUUACGAGUUCAACACGGUAACCUUUACGAAGUCAUUCUGAUGGGGUACUAGAUUUUAUGAUUAAAAUUUUAGGCUGAUGGUGAAAUUUGUUGAAGGUGAUGGUGGAAGGGUUGUUUAGGUUGGGACUCGGGGCUUCUUGGACGGUCUGUGCUGGGUGUUUAUAAAGGCUUUUGUUUUUAAUUAACGCUAAGUUAAACCUUCAGAUAAUUGUGGAGGAGUCGACGGUGGAUAAUAUUUUGUUUUUAUCGACUGUAUUGUUUAUGAAUUUUACAAUGUACAGUGAACUAGCCCUUUGCUUUGAUUUUUGAAGGUUUACAUAUACACCACUCAAUUUCUAUGUAUUUAUA